CAGCAAAAAACAGCCAGAGCAGCAGUCUGGUACGGAGCUGGUGGGGGCCGGAGAGAGAGAGAUGGAGAGGGAGAAGGACGCAGUGUGGGCGGGUUAAGAAACGCCGAGAGGGAGGGGACGUCAGCGUAAUAUUCCUACCGUCUUUUUUUUGGUCCCGUUCCUCCUCCGUAGAGCCGAAAAAAGAAAAAAAACAAGGGCAUCCAUCGGUGUCUUCAUCCUCCUCGCAUCUCAUCACACAGCCUUGGAGAUUAACCCUCCUGUCCGGGUCUUGGGUUGUUGAGAACAUCCGCCUGUGUGCGUCUCCACCUGGAGGACUGGGUCGUUUGCAGCCUGCGGGGGGAUUGCCGUGCUGUGCCGAGCGGCAGGGGCGUGAGAGGCGGAUGCUGCGAGCGUAGAGGCAGGGUACCAACCAGGAGCAUCACCGCACUCAGCACGAUGGACAGAAUGAAUUUUCUCUCCUUCCUCCUCCUUUGCUUGACUUCGGUUGCCAUUGGCAACAAAGCCAAUAAGCACAAGCCAUGGAUCGAGACAGAGUACCAGGGGAUUGUCAUGGAGAACGACAACACCGUGCUGCUCAAUCCCCCUCUCUUUGCCCUCGACAAAGAUGCUCCACUUCACUACGCUGGUGAAAUUUGUGGCUUCCGGGUCCAUAAUGGCCCCUCGGGAUCCGGUUCGGUCCAGUUUGAAGCUGUGGUCCUAGACCGCUCCACCGGUGAGGGUCUGGUUCGGUCCAAGGAGCCGCUGGACUGUGAGAGCCAGCGGGAGCACAGCUUCACCAUCCAGGCCUACGACUGCGGAGAGGGACCUGAUGGAGUCAACAGCAAGAAAUCCCACAAGGCCACCGUGCACGUUCGCGUGAACGACGUCAACGAGUUCUCCCCCGUGUUUGUUGAGCGUCGCUACGAGGCCUCUGUCCCAGAAGGGCGUCUGUUUGACCGAAUCGUACGCGUGGAGGCUCUGGAUGCCGACUGCUCCCCGCAGUACAGCCAGAUUUGCUUCUAUGACAUCAUCACUCCCAAUGUGCCCUUUGCUAUUGACAACGAUGGAAACAUUAAGAACACAGAGCCGUUGGAUUCAAAGCGGCAGCGCGUUCACACCUUCUGGGUGACAGCCUUCGACUGUGGAAAGAACCGCGCUCAGGCUGACGCUCAGGUUGUUGUCACGGUCAAGCCGUCCUGCAAACCCGGCUGGAUCGGAUGGACCAAGCGUGUAGAGUACACCCCUGGGUCAGGCAGCAUCCCUCUGUUCCCCAGCCUGCAUUUGGAGACCUGUGAAGAGACCGUGUGGAACAUCCAGGCCACCGUAGAGCUCCAGACCGGCCACAUCGGGAAAGGCUGUGACAGAGACAGCUACUCCGACAGAUCUGUGCGACGUCUGUGUGGUGCUGUCAGGGGCGAAGUCGACCUGCUCCCACCUCCAUCUCCUGCCGCUAACUGGACUUCAGCGCUGCCCACUCUCCCGUCUUCCGACUCAUCUCUGAUCUUCUCCUUCAACGGCUCCAACCACGUCGCUGUCGUGCCCGAUUCGGUUGUGUCCGCACUAUCCGGCGACCACUUCACCCUCCAGCUGUGGAUGCGCAGAGGUGGUGCCAACGUCCAGCCUGCGACCACGCAAACCAGAGGAAAUCGCAAGGAGGAGGAGACUAUUGUCUGCAGCACCGUCAGGAAUGAUGACUCCUUCUCCCAUUACUCCCUCUCCGUCCACGGCUGCCGCCUCUCCCUCUUCUACUGGCCCGACGUCUCAGCCGCUCGCCCCGUCAAGUUCUUGUGGAAACUGGAGCAGGUGUGUGACAGCGAGUGGCAUCAUCUUUCACUCAGCGUCCAGUUCCCAUCAGUGACCCUUUACGUGGAUGGAGUGACCUUUGACCCCGCCCUCAUCCACGACAACGGAGCCAUUCCGAACCCCGCCCCGCGUCAGCGCAUGUUCAUCGGUGCCUGCUGGGAGCCUGAGGAGAAGCAGAAGGAGAUACUAAACAACACCAUCCCAGAGGGUAAAGACUCAGUGAAGUAUGUUGGCAGUUACCAUGGCCUGUUGUCUGGGGUGACGGUGCGUCCUGGCAGCGUGGAGCCUCACAGCGUGGUCGAGUGCCUGUACGCAUGCAGGGAGGGGCUGGACUUUGGCGACCUGGAGACUUUGGGCUCUGGCAUGAAGGUUCACGUGAAUCCCAGCCAGUCUGUGUUAGUGCUGGAAGGAGACGACAUCGAGAGCUUUAACCGUGCAGUGCAGCAGGUCACGUACAGAAACUCUCUACGCUUCGCCACCCCUGGCGUUCGUCCGCUCAAGCUUACCACCUCCCUCAGAUGUUUCAACGAGGAGAGCUGCCUGUCCCUGAAGCAGCUCGAAGGAUACUUGGUGGUUCUUCAGCCUGACGCUCCUCAGAUCUCUCUGUCUGGGGUUGGGCCGCAUCUGGCCCGUCCAGCUCCUGAGUUCGAAGGUCCCCGCGGCGUCCCUCUCUUCCCCGAACUCCGGAUCGUCUGUUCCCUGUCUCAUGCUGUCAACACAGCUGCACAAGGGAUGGAAGGUGGAGCUCUGAUGUCCGAUGCUGUCGCUCACACUUUGGAUGGCUGUGAGGUCCAACCACUGGGGGAGGAGCUAAAUCCAGAGAGAGAGGAGCUUCUGGUAGACAUGGAUGUUGUGCGAGAGAGAGGACUAGAAAUCAUCAAUACUACUGCUUAUAUUGCCAUCACAGGUGCUGAAUCUAUCUCUGUGUAUGAGGACGUCCUUCGCUCUGUCCGCUACCGACUGGCUAAAGGCUCAGCUCGCUUUGAGAGACGAUUCCGCCUGUCCUGUUCUGAGAUGAAUGGCAGAUACACCAGCAACGAGCUGACUCUGGAGGUGAACUUCCUCCACUCUUUGGACAGUCUGUACCACCCAUCCCACCUGCUCGCUUCCCAGCAGCAGUUCCUCCAUCCGUCCCACCAUGCUGGAGAGUUGAGUGGACACACCCUACCUAAUCCACAUCGCAACUCAGUGGUCCCAGGAGCAGCCACCGUCAUCAUAAUGGUGUGCGUAGGUUUCCUGGUUGUGAUGGUGAUCCUGGGAGUUUUCCGAAUCCGCUCAAUCCAUCGCCGUGGUGAAGGAGCCAGAGGCGGGGCUAAGGAGGGCAGCAGUCAAUGGGACGACUCUGCGCUCACCAUCAUCGUAAACCCAAUGGAGUCCUACGAGUCUCGUAUGGGCAUCUCUGCCGACACGGAGGGCGAGGGGGAGGAGGAUGAGGAGGUAGCAGAGUCGCCUGACGACGCGAGCGAUGACCAGCGAAUCAUCAUCAAGAAGGAGGGCAGAGACGGCAACGCCCGUCGCUACUGAGCCACAUGUAUCUCUGCACCCGUUCUCAUGGAAACCACAACCCAGCUCACCAGUCACAUACUCCAACACUUUUAAUAUCAACGAACGACUAGUAUAAGGAAUGUAAGCUUACAAACACGACGCACAAUGCAGUCACCGUAAUACUCCUGACACCCAACGCCAUAUGUGACCUACAGCCGACAACAGGCUGCCUCCACCUAUAUGUUCAGUGGCACAAUGUAUACAGCUAAUGUAAUUUAACCACCUGAUUAAACCCCACCAAAUUUGUAUGUGGUGCACCAGUGCUAAAUCACAAAAUGGUCAUGUGUCUGUAUAGUGUAAUACUGGUUGAAUAAGACUGUUUUGUUUAAAAAAAAAAAAAAAGAAAAAGUAAUAAUAAGAUUGUAUUCUAUCUUUUGUCUUCGAACACAGAAUGAAAUCUUUACAAAAUGGAAACAGGGACAAUUUGUUGCAACAUGUAGGCCUCGAGUAGAUCUGUAGACACAAGCCUCGAUCCUUACACAUCUGUUCAUUAGACUAACCCGAGAAGUCUGCACAAGCUCUUUUCUCGCUCUUUGCAUCCUCUCCUGACGCAUUCCUCGGCCAAGUCCAAACACAGAGUAAAGACAGUGGGGUCAGACAUCACGGGGUCACGUAUUCAUGAUAAGCUUGCAGGUGUUUUGCUUUUGUUUCUGUGAGAACACUUUAUGUUUUAUUAGGAACUUAUUUAGCGUCCACUUCAUCCUUAACCCAAGCUGGCACUUCUGCAGCGCUCCAAGAAGGCAGACUGAGAGCCGCUCGGUGUGGUUUCUACUUCAAAAUCGAGUCUUCGUAAAGUUUCAGCUCGUGACACAAAAUGACAAAACAUCACCUCGUACAAUAAAGCUGGUGUAACCUGACCUCUGAGCCCCCCCUCCCACACACACACAGUGACCGCUGCAAUGCCUCUAAAUGACUCUGACUGCACUGUUUGACUCACUGCACACUGCUCUUACAGUAACUGCAAGACGCCACAUGCACACACAAACAGAAACACGCAGACACACUCCAUAACGCUACCCGUGCUGUUUCCAGAAUGUCCGCUCAGCUUGGGCAGUUUUGAUUGUAUUGAUUGUAAUGAAUUUUCUGUACAUACAAUGAUGACUAUUAUGAUAUUAUUGUUAUUACUAUUAUUAUUGCAGCCACUCUUCUCUUUAUCUGCACAUUUGGAGAGAAAGCUGAUCAUCAUUUACUUUUCCCCAUUUGAGUAAUCACCCUUAACAGCAUCGAAAAACAGUAUAAUAAUAAUAAUAAUAAUAGUAGUAGUGAUAAGGAUGAUAAUCCCUGGCUUGAUGAGUGUCUAUUAAUUUGUGUGUAAUAUUGUUGUAAUUUAAGAACUUGUCGAUAUCACAGAAAAAGGAGGGCACAUUGUUGUGAUACCAAGAAGCGUCUCACUCAUUUCAUCUCGCGCACUUCUUGCCGAUUAUUUUUCACAUUUCAAAAUAUUUCUUUAUUAUUUCUUUUUGAAUUUGAUUUCCACCACAUCCGGUAUUUUCGGUUUAAUGAAUGUACAACCGUGUGCUACUCCUCACCUUUCCCUACCCCACCGCCUUUUCCCUUCACCUCUCCCUCACUGUCCCUCUGUGUCUCUUGCUGUCCGUCUGUGUAGCCUAUCAAUGUGCAGUGCUAACGCUGUCAGUAAAUAAAAGCCUGUUGUUUUUGAGUGUGAUGUUAAGAAGGAAUAAACAUUGCAUUGAUUAAGAAAUUAUAUUAUUACUAUGUUACUAUUCAAACAUUACCUGUAAUUAUUGAUACAAUGACAACAUGGAAUAUCCUGACUAAUUGUUAUUGAGAACUGUCGGAAAACAUUGCGAAAUUCAUAAUAAAAACACUAUAUGACGUCUC